GUAUGUCAUGAAUAAUGAACCAUUCAUCAGGACUUUGUUACAACAGGACGGUAACGUAAGUGGUUCUGGAAACCAGUAUAUAAACUGCUUGGAAAAUAGAAUUGGAUUAAGUUUGCAGGCACACCUGGGUGAACUCCAGAGAUUUGACAGUGAGGAGGAAAUGUAUGAAUGUAGUAAUCCAAUUGAGAAGUCUGUCAGCAAUGGUUCCUCAGUCUCACCACUUGAAAGAAUUCCUCCCAGGACCCAAAACAUUUGGAAUAAAUCUAGGAAGAUUUAUCAUUUGUUACCUGCCCAAGCCAGGAGAGGAUACACCAGAGGAAAAUCUUAUAAAUGUAAUGAAUGUGGGAAGGAUUUUAGCAAGAGCUCAAACCUCAUGAAUCAUGAGGGUAUUCUUUCUGCACAGAGACUUUACAAAUGUAAUGCAUGUAGCAAAGCAUUUGUUGAGUGUUCAGGCCUUACUCAAGAUAAGAAAAUCCAUACCGGUGAGAAACCUUACAAAGGUAAUGAGUGUGCCAAAGCGUUUACCCAAUUUGGCAACCUUAGUAGUCAUCAGAAAAUACAUGCUGGGGAGAAACAGCACAAAUGUAACGUGUGUAACAAGGCUUUUAUCCAAAGGUCAAGACUUAAGGCACAUCAGGUAAUUCAUACAGGAGAAAAACAUUAUAAAUGUACUAAAUGUGAUAAGGCUUUUAUCAAACAUUCAGCACGUUUGCGUCAUGAGAGAACUCAUACCGGUGAGAAACGUUACAAAUGUAUUGAUUGUGGCAAGGCCUUUUUGAGGAGUUCACACCUUACUCAGCAUAAGAGAAUCCAUACUGGAGAGAAACCUUACAAGUGUAAUGAAUGUGGCAGGGCUUUUAACCAAUUUUCACACCUUUGGUGUCAUGAGAAAAUUCAUACUGGCGACAAACCUUACAAAUGUAAUGAGUGUGGCAAAGCCUUUACCCAGGCUUCAAGACUCACUAAACAUCAGAGAGUCCAUACAGGACAGAAACCAUAUAAAUGUAAUGAAUGUGGUAGGGCUUUUAUCCAAUCUUCACACCUUAGGCGUCAUGAGAAAAUUCAUACUGGUGACAAACCUUACAUAUGUCAUGAGUGUGGCAAAGCCUUUACCCAGCGUUCAAAACUCACUACACAUCAGAGAGUCCAUACAGGAGAGAAAGUGUAUAAGUGUUUCGUAAGUGGCAAAUCCUAUAGUCAAAAUUCAAACCUGGCAAAUCAUCAGAGAAUGCAUACUGGAGAGAAACCUUACAAAUGUAAAGAGUGUGGCAAAUCAUUUACACAAUUUGGAAAUCUCACUAUGCAUCAGAAAAUACACACUGGGGAAAAACCACACAAAUGUAAUGUGUGUGACAAGGCUUUUAUCCAAAGGUCAUACCUUGUGGCACAUCAGAGAAUUCACACAGGAGAAAGACCUUAUAGAUGUAAGAAAUGUAGUAAGGCUUUUGUCAACCAUUCAGAACUUUUGCGUCAUGAGAGGACUCAUACUGGUGAGAAACCUUACAAAUGUAUUGACUGUGGCAAGGCCUUUUGGAGGAGUUCACAUCUUAUUCAGCAUAAGAGAAUCCAUACUGGUGAGAAGCCUUACAAGUGUAAUGAAUGUGGCAGGGCUUUUAACCAAUUUUCACACCUUUGGUGUCAUAAGAGAAUUCAUACUGGCGACAAACCUUACAAAUGCAAUGAGUGUGGCAAAGCGUUUACCCGACUUGGAAAACUUACUAAUCAUCAGAAAAUACACACUGGCUAGCAACCACCCAAAUGUGAUGUGUGUAACAAGGCUUUUAUCCAAACGUCAGGCCUUUGGCACCUCAGAGAAUCCAUACAGGAGA